AUGUCAUUUAACAGUCCAUUUUUCCACUUUUUCGAUACAAUUAACAAUGAUGUCGAUUACUUCAACAGAAUGUUGGAUAAUUCCUACCCAGAAAAGCGUCAGAGAUUAAUUGGAGGUAACGAGGCACCAAAGGCAUCCGAUAGGCAAUUAGCAAAGGCCAAUGUGGGUACUGAUAUUGACCCCUUUGGUCCAUUAGAUAACUGGUUUGAUAAUGAUUUAUCUUUAUUCCCAACUAAUUUUGCUUCUUCAACAGCGGUGGCAGUUCCAGUUGAUAUCUUGGAUCAUGAAAAGAAUUAUGAAUUAAAGAUCACUGUUCCAGGUGUUAAGUCAAAGAAAGAUAUUGAUUUAGAAUACCACAAGAAUAAAAACCAAAUUAUUGUUAGUGGUGAAGUUCCUUCAACAGCAACAGAAGAAAACAAACAGAAAAUUAAGGUUAAGGAACGUGCUUCUGGUAAGUUUAAGAGAGUAAUUGCCUUGCCAGAUUAUCCUCCAAUCGAUGCUGACAACAUUAAGGCUGAUUAUUCAAGUGGUGUCUUGACUUUAACUGUCCCAAAGUUGAAGCCAAAAAAGGGAGAAAAAGAUCAUGUUCAAAAGAUUGAAAUUUCUUCUGAAGAAUCGUGGGGCAAUUAA